AUGUUUAAAUCUUACGUAGCUCAAUCUAUCCGCAGAGAAUCAUCUUUGGUUUCUGACCGAUUGUUCAAGGUUGUUAUUACUCCUAGAAAAUUACAAGAGCUUGAAGAAAUUCCCGAUGACUUACCAAGGGUUACACCACAACCAAAUCCGCCGCUAUUCGGCAUCAAAGAUGGAUACCAAAGUGUAGCUCCUUACACAAAACUUACAUAUACCAAUGUGAAUAGGUUGAAAAAAAAGAAGCCAAUGACUGUCAUGAAAUUAUUUGAGACUUCAUUCCUUGGAAAAAACAUGGAUUUCUACAAGAAACAGAUCAUGGAUGAGCAACUGUGGAUUUUGAGGCCUACUAAAGAUCCUCUUUCUUCCGGAAAGAAGAAACUCAGAGACGCAGAUUAUUCAGACUAUGAAACUCUAAAAGGAUCAGAUUUAUUCGAACUUCAGUUGAAGGAAAACGAUGUUGUUGUAAACCAUGCAUGCAUACACGAGCUAAAAGUUCCCGAUUCUCCAAAUCUUAAUAUUAUAUAUGAAGAUAAGAGUCUGUUGGUGGUGAACAAGCCAGCUGGGAUUCCAGUGCAUCCGUCGGGAUCAUCUUACAAGUUUAACACAUUGCAGUAUUUGUUAACUGUUAAGAUGAAUCCACUUUUUGAUCCGCACGACCUGAUUGACAAAGAUACACUCGAAUUCAGAACUAGUUUAUGGCCAUGUCAUCGAUUGGAUAAGGACACUUCGGGUGUGCUUAUAUUUGCAAAGAAUCAAAAUCGUUGUUCAGAAUUGACAAAGCAGAUAGAGAACAAAAAGGGAAUGACUAAGAGAUACUUAGCUUUAGUUCAUGGAAAGUUUGGUCCGAAAAUGAGAAUUGUGAAAGAUCCGGUUGUAGACGUUGACCUAGCAAAGAGGUACGAGAACGGGGGUAUUGGGCGAAAGAUUUUAUAUGGUAAGACAACAUUCAAGAUGAUCCACUAUGACGAGAAGUCGGAUACGAGCUUGCUCGAUUGUCAUUUGUUCACAGGUAGGAGACAUCAGAUCAGACAGCAUUUGAGAAAUCUAGGUUUCCAUAUAGUUCAUGACCCGCUUUACGGAAUUGAGGGAAUUCUAAAGGAAAGAAUGUUUCACUACCCCGAGAAAGCUGAAUUUCUCAAGCUGAGAAAGAAAUAUGAACUUCAGUUGCAAAACAGAGUAAACUUUUGGGAAAAGGAGAGUAUUUGUUCGAACUGCUAUCACGUCACCUACAACGAUCCGACUAACCAUCUCGAUAAAUACAUGCGACUACAUUCCAUCGAAUACACUUACCAACCCAAAGAUUUUACAGAACCAGUUUGGAAGUUCAAGACUCCUCUGCCACAUUGGGCAGAGGCCAUUCUACCAGCUAAUAAGGCCGCUGAGUUUAUUUUGCCAGGGUCCGAAAACGAGAACGCGUCGCAUUCAUGA